GCGCACGAGAUUUACCGUAAUACCAGCCCACACCCCUUUGCAAGCUACACUUCUUAUUACCUGUUGAGUUUGUUGAUGUUGUAUCCAGUUCACUGAAUUAGGGUCAGGGGUUAUUACGCUCCGACAGACCAUUACAAAGUUUUGGAAGAGACGAUGCGGGAAGAGGACUCCUCUCCAAUGGACAGUGCGGGAAACAGCGAGGAGGAGACCGACCGUGAGCUGCCGAGGAGAGGCGCGAGGAAGCGGCGGGCGACACGGAGGCGCGUGGACGACGAGGAGGAGGAAGACAUGGAGUGUCCGAACUCCGGGAAGAAGAAAUGCAGAAAGAGCUGCGACGGAGGAGGCGGCAGCGCAGGGAGCGGCGACAGUGAAGCCAGCAGCAGCAGCAGCCCCGAGCCCUCCUUCGAUGACCUACAGACACAGCGCGUGGUGGCCAAUAUCCGCGAGCGGCAACGGACGCAGUCCCUCAACGAGGCAUUCACGUCGUUACGUAAGAUCAUUCCCACCCUCCCGUCGGACAAACUCAGCAAAAUCCAGACGCUGAAGCUGGCGGCCCGGUAUAUCGACUUCCUGUGCCAGGUUCUGCAGAGCGAUGAGCUGGACGCGCGAGGGACCAGCUGCAGCUACGUGGCGCACGAGCGCCUGAGCUACGCGUUCUCGGUCUGGAGAAUGGGGGGCUCGUGGUCCUUGUCUACUACUUCGUCCCACUAGCCGGACUGCUGUGGAUGGUACAUCACGAUUAUCCUGACUGAAGAACCACUGGGUCAGGCCGACCCUUCAGAUUGACAGACUGAAACUGAGGGGCCAGCGGCUGUGCUUCAGGCCUCAGAGGAGAGCGGGCUUUUCAUAUUCCCUGUUGCAAGGACUGUAAUGUUUGCAAUGGAGCACUUAGGACAGACAGGACGGAUAUGAAGAAAGAAAGACCACUGCGACUAUGAAUGUUGUAAAAACAAAAUUAGUUCUGAGGAACUGCUCUGUUUUUGAAACAUGAAAGAAAACUGACAAUUUAUUCCACAUUCCCUGUGACAAUGUUUCACAGCAAAUGAAGUAUUUUGUAUUUAUUUUUCUACACAGUCUCGAAAUUCCUUUUCCCCACUCAAAUAUAAGUUAUUCAUAUUUGGGAUAUCACAGAACGCUGAAUGGAUCAGGAGUCUGCGCAUUUUGAGUGUUGUAAAUAUUUGGUAAUAUCUUGAAUUAAAAAAUGAAAGUAUCA